AUGCAGCGCAAUGAGGUGGACGCCGCCUUGACCUCCAUCGGCCUUGGGACUCCCGAACUCUGGCAGAAAUUGGGCCAGGAACUGGAAGGCAAGACGCAACUGGAGCAGCCGCGCGUGUCCAAGAAAGUUUUGGUCAAGGCGCUGCGUAUGCAGACCGAGACCAUGCGCUACAUGGUGGACGAAUUCGACCGGCUGCGGGACAAGAUGGCCGAGAUGGAGCGGGAGGCGCGCAACACGGCCAAGCACGUGGAGCGCGUCAACUCGAAGCUCAUCACGGUGCAGGGCCAGGUGGACGACGUCAACACCAAAGUGUACGAGCUCGAGGUGCAGCAGAACAAACAGGCCGAGCAGCUCAAGGAGAUCGACGACGUGGCCAACCAAGUGCGCGUCAACCGCGAGGAGAUCCAGCGCGUCACCGCGAGCGUCGAGAGGGCGAGCGACGUCCACAACGAGUUCGUGCUGCAGACCGAGCAGAAGCUCAACGUGAUCCGCGAGGACCACGAGGUGACCAAGCAGUUCGCCAUGAAGAUCGAGGACCGGCUGAACGAGGAGCAGAAGGAGCUCUUCCUGGACUCGGAUCACAUUCUGCACAACAAACUGACGCUGGCCAUGUGGAUGGAGGCCGUCGAGAAGGACAACCGGCGCAAGGACGACGCGCUGCGCGACUGCACCGACAAAAUGAUCAAGCAGGGCCGCAACGUGCAGGACAUGAUGCUCGAGACGCGACGCACCUUGGACGACAACACGUGCGCAGUCGAAGACGUCCAGCGCCUGCUGCUCGAGAAGGCCGACCGCACGCGUGUGGACGAGAUCAUCGAGUCCAAGUACGAGGAGAUCUGCAACCAGCUAGACAAGGCAUUGGCGUCAGUGCUCGGUGAGGAGGACGAGUUCAAACGCGCCAGUCAGGAACUGCAGCAGCUCGUGACGCACCUGAGCGAGAGCAAGGCGGACAAGAAGGACCUGCUCGAGGUCAAGGAGCAGGUGCUGUACGACUCGCGCGUGCGCCAGCAGGUCGAGAACUUGCGCUCCUUCAUCGACAUCAAGAUGAACCGCGACGACGUCUUCUCCGCGCUCAAGUCCAAGGCCGACAAGGACGAGAUGCUGGCGCUGCUCAAGAACCUCUCGGACAGCAUGAACGCGUCCAUCGUCCAGGCGCAAAAGUCCCUCAGCUACGCCGACAGCGCCUUCCUCACAGGCAAGCAGGCCGGACACCAGCACCAGCAUUCGAGCAACAGUGGUCAGAAGCGCGCUGGAAUGCUGCCGAGUCUCGACCGAGAGAAGUGUCUGUCCUGCAACAGUCAGCUUCGAGACCCCUCCACUGCGUCCGGUGGGCCGGUCUCCAACAAGAAUCCGUUCCAAAUGGCCCCAGUGUAUGGCGGCGGCUUCGUACUUCCUGCUGGCGCUGGGUCCAUCGACAAAACCUCCAUGCGGAACCGAUCAAACAGCCUCAGCAACAACAACUCGGCCAGCGCUCCGUACCUGUCACCGCGGACUGUAGCGAACAUGGCGUCAUCUGGACAGCUCUCUGAAAGUGCGAGCGAGGGGUUCCUCGUUGGAGUGGACGGUCGCGUGUAUCAAGCCGAUCCAGAAGUGGUCGCUCAGGUCCAGGACCGAACUCGAUCAAAUCCAGGCUUGAAGCUGCCGCAGGCAGUAGCUCCUAGAAAAGCGCUGCCGGUCCUCGAAGACGCUGGCGGAGACUGA